GAACCGGAAGUUGUUCGUCGACCGUCCAUCCAUCCAGGUGGUAACGAGAGGAGAGCUAGCUUUCUCCGGGUGACAUAUUCCAUUAGCGAUUCCUGGUUAUAAUACGGGUCACUUUUGGUGACGGCAAUCAACAAUGAUUAUCCCGGUGAGGUGCUUCACUUGUGGGAAGAUUGUGGGCAACAAAUGGGAAGCUUACCUCGGCUUACUUCAAGCAGAAUACACAGAAGGUGAUGCCCUUGAUGCCCUGGGCCUGAAGCGGUAUUGUUGUCGAAGGAUGCUCCUGUCUCACGUGGAUCUCAUUGAGAAGUUGCUAAAUUAUGCUCCUCUUGAGAAAUAACCUAAAAUGGCUUUAUGGACUUUGGGCCGUCAAGAUUAGGAGCAAAAACCCUGAAUAGGACUUGGAAUAUUUUCUAAAUAAAAUUCUUUAAGCAUAUAUUUUUUUUGUGCCUAUCUUAACUAGCCUUUGAACUCCAGUCUGAUAUUUACUCAUCAUUAAGCCAUCAAUUAAAAGAUGUACAUCAUCUACAAAGUUAUAAAUCACAACUGUUUAAAAUAGAGGAUGAUUAAACCCAAUGGUGCUUUAUGGUUAGUGUCUGAUAUACAGAAAAAAAAUGCACACAAGUAAUUUAGGUACUUUAAUUAAAGAUUGUGACAAAAAGUCUUUGAAGGAUUUUGUUUUUCAGUUUGUAGUUUAUACAAAACAGGAAGGAAAACUUUUACAAGUUAUUAACACAUGUCCAUUCAUGCAAAUGUCCCUAUUGUACAAAACAAUGUACAGGCCAUUUUUAACUUUUACAACGAAUGUAUUAGAGGCACGAAAAAAAAAACAAAAAAA